AGAUGGAGGAAAACAGGAUGACGAAGUGUUCACUAACAUUCCUCUGCCCUCGUAUCACGAGGCUGUUGAUUUUUAUUCUUCUGGUAUUAACAGUUCUAAUACUAAUACUCUAGGUGAUGGGUUUGUCUUUGAUGUUUCUGAUUGUAAUGCUAUGAACCCAAAUACUAGUUUUAGUGGGCAUGAUGCUUUGGAAAGUGUUGCUGCAGCUGCCUGUGAUUACAAUGAUCAUGGAACAGUUACUGCUAAUGCUUCUUUUGUUGGUCAUUUGCCAAUUGAAGUGGAAAUUAGUGCUACAGCCCCAAGCCUGACAGAGCACCCACAGACAAGGACCAAGUCUAGUACCCCAAGUGACUUUACUAUGUCCUCAUGCCAUGUCUUACCAGUCCCACCUGAAUUUGCCAGUGUGAUUUCUGACUCUGAAAUCAGUGGAUAUACAAGGUCUUUGCCAGUAAGGACCAAGACUGAGCUGGAAAUUGAUGUUUUUGAUAAAAACAGAAAACCUGAAGAGAAGAGGGUUUCAGAUUAUACAGACAUUGGUGGUGUCCUAAAGAAUUCUGAAAGGAGUCAUUUUGAUGCAGUGUUCGCUGAAACACAUGCUCAGUUUAUGCAAGGCACGCCAAUUCACAUGAAUGCCAGCUUUUGCAACACACAAAAGGAAGAGGGCCAGAAAAACUAUAUUAACAUAAACUUUGACCAACAGAUGGCAGCAUAUGAUGGGGAUUCUACUGAACAAGAAGGAGAGGAGGAAGAGGAAAUAGAGCUUCCAUUUCUGGAAACUCUUGCUACAGCAGGACAGUUGGACAUGUAUGGGUUAGACCAGGUAGAAGGACACAGGGGAGUGGCACUUGAUACUAUUACUGAUGGGGAGAGGGCGCAAGGGGAUUCUAGCCCAGUGGGAGAGAAGAGAUCUGAGGAAAUGCAGGGGUCAGAAAUGAACACAAGAAAUUCAUUGAAAGGUAAAACUAGUAAGGUUGGAAGAGAAACAAAGGAAAGGAAAGAGGCAAAGUCAACUAGAAAGACACGGUCCAAAUUAGCAAAAAGUAAAUUGCCUGUGAAGAUGAAAGAUGAAGAUAAUACAUUGGACACAAACACAUCAGUUGAAUUAGUACAGAAAAGUGUUGUAAUUUCACAAAGUGAACUAGAAAGCACUCAAGAUCAGAAAGAUCCCAUGAAAAGCAAAAUACCAGUGAAAACAAAAUCAAAUGUUACAGCUGAAAAGAUUGAAUCUCUUCACAACUCUUCAUCUUUAAAACUUGAGUCUCAUAAAAAUAUUUCUAAAUCCAUUGUUGCAAGUAAAACCAAGAUGCAAAAGAAGAAUGGGCAUCGGAAACUGCCCUCAAUAUCAACAGAGGAGCUCAGAUGUAUACAGACUACUGAUCAAAUUGACCUAGCUAUGGUUUCUGGUGAUCAAAACAACAGAAAUGUGGAGCCAAAUAAUUUAGAAAUGGUAAAACCAACAGUGUUGGAAGGAAACUUGGCUGCAGUUCAGCCAGAGCAUGGUGUGUCAUAUGAUGAUGUCGAUGGUUCACCUCGUCAGAGGUUAGAGUCAGUGUAUCAAGAACACAGGAUGUUAGGAAUCAAGGAGAAUGCAUCCUCCACUGUAUCUUUGCCCAGUAUGGCUGCUAACUUUUAUCCUCCUGAGUUAGAUUAUCUAAAGACAACUGUAGUGUUAGACAAUGGUAGUGGACUGUGUAAAUGUGGAUUUGCCAAUGAAGAUCUCCCAUCAUGUGUUUUUCCUUCUGUAGUGGGAAGACCCAAGUAUGAGGACAUCUUAAUUGGCAGAUACAGGGACUGUUACAUUGGAGAUGCAGCCCAGUCAAUGCGUGGAGUACUCACCUUGAAACACUCACUAGAACAUGGUCUGGUCACUAAUUGGGACGAUAUGGAAAAGAUAUGGCAUCAUGCAUUUGCUGAUCAGUUAAGAAUCCAGCCCGAUGAGCAUGCUUUGGUACUGACAGAAGCUCCACUCAACCCAAAACAAAACAGGGAGAGAAUGCUACAAAUUAUGUUUGAGAACUUUGGGGUUCCAUGCAUGUACAUCUCAGUUCAGGCAGUUCUGUCUCUGUAUGCGUCAGGAAGAACAACAGGCGUUGUAUUGGACUGUGGUGAUGGCGUCAGUCAUGUAGUUCCAGUGUAUGAAGGGUAUUGCUUGCCACAUGCUGUGCAGAGAAUAGACUUAGCCGGCAGAGAUCUCACACAGUAUUUGAUGAAGCUGCUUAAUACAUCAGGACACUGCUUCACUACCACAGCAGAGACAGAGGUGGCCAGAGAUAUCAAAGAACAGUUGUGCUAUGUAGCAGAGAAUGUUGAAGUAGAAGAAAAGAAGCAGAGUAAUGAGGAACAAUAUACCAUGCCUGAUGGACGCAUCAUUGAACUUGCUUCUGAGAGAUACAGAUGCCCAGAAAUACUCUUCAAGCCUUCUUUGAGUGGGCGAGAUCACGGUGGCAUCCAUGAAAGCCUCUAUAAUAGCAUAUAUAAGUGUGACAUGGACAUCAGAAGAGAACUGCUCAGUAACAUUGUGUUAUCAGGAGGAACCACCAUGCUUCCAGGGCUGAAAGAACGUCUGCUCAAAGAACUGAGUGACAUGGUUCCAGCAGGUGUGAGUAACAGUAUUAAAAUCUCCAGUGUAGAGGACAGAAAGUAUUCUGUUUGGCAAGGUGGUGUAGUGCUGGCCAGUUUGCCUGCAUUCUUGGGAAUGUGUGUUAACUAUCAAGAAUAUGAAGAAUGUGGCCCACAGAUAGUGCAUCGGAAGUGUUUCUGAAAUCAGGACAGGUACAAGUUCUUUGAACUGUAAUUGUUUGCCUACAUGUUCUGAAGCAUGCAGAAAGAAAAUGCAACUAGGAUAGAACAGCUGAUAUGUUUUAACAUGUUGAGAAACAAAGUUAAAAAUUAUACAAAAAUAAACACUAUACUUGAGUGAAAUGCACCGAGACAUAAAUGUGAACUUGCCCAAUAGGGACUACCGGAGGAAUAAUGGGGUGUUUUCUGGAGCCAGGAAUUAUCAUCACAAUGGCCAGGGUAUGUGCAUCCAGACAUUGCUCCAAGUGAUAUCAAGGCAAGCAGAGUUGAGCUUGGUGAUGGAUGUGACAUAUGGACCUCUAGUGUAUGCUCCUACCUAUGUGUGAGAAAGAUGACCUCUGCCUGGAUCUUCUACAAAUAUCAUAUUAAAACCUUAGUUGCGUGGUUUGCUCUGAUGUUCUUGGGCAUUUUAAUAUCUAAACAGCCCUUUAGCAGAGAGAGACCAGUGAAUAGGCUUGCUAAAUCGAGGAAACCAAUUUU